AUUGAUAUAUGUUUAAUUGACUAAAUAGUUUAUAAUUAGUAUUGUUGAAAUGUUUUACUUAUUUUUCAUAUAUUUAGUUGACUAUAAUAUAUUUCAAUUACAGCAAAAAAAAUCUAUAAAUUUUUAUUUUACUUAUAUAAUAUGAUUUUUUAAAAUACAAUCACACAAUUGUUUUAGCUGAUUAUUUUUAAGAGAUAUUAAAAAUCAAAAGAAUUAUCAAUAAACAUCUUUUGAUCAAAUAUUUACAAAAAUAUUUUAAAAUAAAACAUCACUAUAUACUUUAACGAGGUAUGUAUAUUAUAUUUUAUCAUUAUUAAAAUUAUUUGUUUUCAUAAAAUUAAAUUUGCUUAAAAAAUUUAUGUUUUUAUGUUUGUGGAACUAAUAUGCCAAAAAUUAAAAUACCAAAACAAAUCUGAAUUCUCAUUUUUAAGAAUAUUUAAAAUAAAUUUCAGUUUACCAUUUAAUAAAUCUAAGGCAUAAAAUUAUUUAAAAUUUAUAAAAUAUUUUAAUUAUUAUAAAUAUUGAUAUGUGUUCAUGAGCUUCAAAUUAUGUAUUAGUUACUUAUGUAUGCAACUCCAUAUCGAUCAUCGCUUUCUUUUCUGAUAUUUUUUUAAGAAAGAUAACAUAUAAUUUGAAAAACCUUAUGAAACUACAUGCACAUUUAACCUAUAAUUAAAAUUAAUUUGAUUUUCCUUAAUUAUAAUAAAAAUAAUUAUACUUCAGUUUGAAUUUAAAAUAAUAUAUGUAACUCAAUAUACUCACAACAUGAGUUACUCGACUAAUACAACUUAUAUCUAAAAUUGUAUAUUUAACUACAAUAAGAAUAUAUAAUUUAUAAUAAUAAUUUAUUUUAUAAAUGUAAAUUAUAGGACGACUCAAAACAUAUUAGCAAAUGAAAAGAAAAUAUUAACAAAUUGUUAUAAUUUAGUUCUUUUGUAAAAUUUAUAUAUAUGCAUGAAACUGUAGAAUAUUAUCGUUAUAUUAAUUUACGUAAUUUGAAUCAGACACUUUAGUUAAUUUUAUAUUUCAUUUUUUUUGUCAGCAAACAACAGACUCAUAUAGACUAUGUGAACCAAACUAUUAGCUCCGCAUCUAUGUGGACUACAAACAAGGGUAUUUUAUAUUUCAUUUUAAACACAAUAUAUCUUAAGUUAUACAUAAUUUUCCUCAAAUAUAUUUAUAUAUAUAAAACAACAACCAACGUAAAUGCAAAUAGGAUAAUUAAUCAUAAUUUUAAUAUAUUUAAAAUAAAAAAAAUAUUAUAGUUAAAUUCAAAAUAAUGGAUGCAAUUUAAUAUACCCAAAUAAUAAUUAAAUCAACUAUAAAAACAAAAAAAAAACUGACUAGAUAUAACAUAUAUAAAAUCAUAUGUCUAAUUAAGGUAAUAUAAUAUUAUUAAUAUAAAUUAUUCAUACAAAUUAUAAAUAAGCCUAAAACUAAAAAUAUAUAACAAUUAAUUAUUAUAAUAUAUUUAUUUUAUAAAUAUUUAUAUCCGUGCAUGAGCAUGGAAAAAAUCACCAAGUGAUAAUUAAAGGGUAAUUCUAUCAAGUAUCACUUUUUCAGUUUUUAUCACAAAAAUAGUCUUCGAAAAAAUGACUAAAAUAAUCUUUCUUUAUUUUGAAAUUUUAAAUUUUAAAUUUUUAUUUUUUUAAAUUUAAAACUAUAUCCCUAAAAACUCAUUUAUUAACUCUAAACCUUAAGUAUAUAUUAGUUAACCCUAAAGUAAAAAUAAAAUUUUACUUUUUAAUAAAAUUUAUUUUGAUUAUUUUUUUUUUAAUAAUUAUUUUUGUGAAAAUAAAUAAAAAAUGAAAAUUCUAAAGAAUUUCUGGUAAUUAAAUGGGCAUGUAUUGAAUUAAGAAGCCAUAUUAUAAACGGCCCAUCUUCUUAAACUCAAGUCAAGUCAAGUGUGUGUCAACAUUUCCACCUGAAUUCAUCUACGCUUUGCCACGUAGCAUUAUGUUCCUCCACGUGUCAGUUUCUACACCGCAAGUACAAUACAACCCCUAGCAACUUCCAGAACAAGCUACGUCUCACCAAGAAUACUAGAGUACUAAAGAAGCAAUUAAAGACUCUUAAUCAAGAGAGGUUAGCAGAAGAGUGCGAGAGAAUAGAAGAAGAAAUGGAUAAAGGGUUUGGUUGCUACGACAGCGAGAAGGUGGUGGUUGAUGAUGACUAUGACGUGGGAUGCAAGACGCCUACACGUGAUGAAUGCAGGAUACCAGCUUAUCCACUGUGUCCGCCGCCCGUGAGAAGGAAAAGAUCGAUAGUCCUUGGAAAGAAAUUGGAGCCACCGAAGAACGGUUACUUUCAGCCCCCGGAUCUAGAGCUGUUCUUUACGGCGGCUGCAACCUCCAGACAGCAAGAAAGCUGCGCUUAGGCUGCUGCUAACCCUCUUUAGUUUAUUAUCUAUAUUAGUAGUCCCGUUCCUGGAUGGAUUGAGUUUUUGUUUGUAAACGGGGUCGGGUUUGAAUACGAUUUAUGUAUAUAUCAGUGCUGCGCACGUCAUGUGAAGCCUAGCCUGGGCUUUUGUGAUCUAUAUUGAUAAGGAUUCGCGGAGCCGUGUUUGUAUGAUCUUGAUUUGUGUUAAAACUUGUGUGGUUGUAGUGUAUUUCUUAAUUCACUUUUUGUUUGUUUUAUGUCGGACUGGGCUCUGAUUAUC